AUGGAGCCGGAUCCUAUCGCCGUGGACCCAGAUCUGUACGCCCCUGGAGGCAGCGGUUCACCCCCGACGAUUGGCAGUCAGUCCGACCGGGCCAACCCGUUGUUCCGCUCGCCAGUUGGCGCUGAUCGGGACCGGGCUCUCCAGGUUCUCGAUAUUGGCACCGGUCAGGGCACCUGGGCCGUCGACGUUGCCGACAUGUUUCCGAAUUCCACUGUACGAGGAGUGGACCUGUUCCCUCCACCAGUCACAUGGAUGCCACCAAAUUGUGUCAUUGAAGUUGACAACGUACUUGAAGAGUGGACCUGGCGUGAGAAGUUCGAUCUCAUUCACAUGCGCAAUAUGCUAGGAUCAUUCGACCCCAGUGAAUGGGAUCGUGUCUAUCAGCAAUGCUACAAAAACAUGGCGCCCGGUGGCUGGAUUGAGCAGCUCGAGGUUGGCCCCUUUGUCACAAGUGAUGAUGGCUCCCUCCCCCCAGACUCCGCCAUGUCGCAGUGGGGUCCGAUGAUGCAGGCAUGCGGUGACCUAGCAGGUCGCUCUUGUGAUAUUCUUUACACCAUGUCUGAUAGUAUCAAGAAGGCUGGGUUUGUGGAGGUCCGUGAGAAUACCUAUAAAUGGCCUCUGGGGCCGUGGCCAAAGCACCAAAAGUUGAAGGAGGCUGGUGUCGUUAAUGUCCAACAUUGGAUGACUGGUAUGGAAGGAUGGUGUAUGUGGCUGCUGACCAAAUUUGGUGAACCUGAGCCUUGGACAAAGGACCAAGUGCACGUUUAUUGCGCAAAACUUCGGCGCGAGUUGAAGAACCCUUACUACCAUGGCUAUCACACGGCACGCAGAGUGUGGGCUCGGAAGCCGUUCCCAGGGGAGGAAACCAAAUCAUCCAAGUCAAGUUCGCAGUAA